GUCAUCUCCCCGCGCCCGCCCUGUCUCCUCGCCGCCGCCAUGUCCUUGCGCCUGGGCAAGCUGGGCCGGGCCGCGGCCGCCACCGCCCGGGGCCGCCUGGGGAGCGCCGUCCCGCCGGCGGCAAGAAUUCAUGUCAGCCCUGAGCAGAAUUUGCAGUAUGGUUGGCUGGCUUAUAUGUUGGGAGAGAGAACUACAAAAAAACUCAAUGAAUACAGCAAAAUCUUUACAGUGGAGGGCAACUUGUCUUCUGGGAAGGGCAAGCUUGCACAACAGAUAGCAGAAAAACUAGGAAUGAAAUAUUUCCCAGAAGCAGACAUCCAUUACAUAGACAGGAUCUCAGGAGAUGGAACGCUGCUGCCUGAGAAAUUUAAUGGUUUCUGUAACCUAGAGAGGUUUUACAAUGAUCCGAAAUGCCCUGAUGGACACUCGUAUCGACUGCAAGCUUGGCUGUUUGGUAAUCGUGUUUUACAGUAUGCUGAUGCGUUGGAGCAUCUGCUGACCACAGGCCAAGGUGUGGUGAUGGAGCGCUCUCCCUACAGUGACUUUGUGUUUCUGGAUGCAAUGUUUAAGCAAGGCUAUAUCCACAAGCGAUGUCUUGAUCACUAUAACGAGGUCAAAGAUAUCAGUAUUUGUGAAUUCCUGCCACCUCACUUGGUCAUUUAUCUAGAUGUGCCUGUCCCGGAGGUGCAGAAGAGGAUCCAGGAGAAAGGAGAGCCAUAUGAGAAAAAGGUGUCUCCUUUGUAUCUGCAGAAUAUUGAGGAUGCUUACAAGCAAACCUUCUUACCGGAGAUCAGCAAGACCAGUGAAGUUCUGCAGUACACAGCAGCUGACACAGAGGAUGUGGAGAAGGUAAUUGAAGACAUUGAGUACCUGAAAUUUGACAAGGGACCAUGGCUGGAGCAGGACGAUGUUUCUUAUCAUCAUUUGAGACUUUACGUUCAGGACAAAAGUGGAGUGCUGAAUCCUGUAACCAUCCCUCGCUUCAUCCCAGAAAUCACAAUUGGAGGCCAUGAGUACGAUAAAGUCUAUUAUGAGUAUCGAUCGCUUCCUGGGCGCAAUUUUAAGCAAGGCUACAAUGCUGAUAUUGGUGACAAGUGGAUCUGGCUGAAAUGAAAUCUGCUCCGGGGAGCCCUAACUGCGAUGGACCACGGAACUUGAGUGAAGAAGCAGUUGAGUUCAACGUGCCUGCUCUGCAUCAAUUGUGUAGUGUGAAGAAAAUGCUGGUUAAAUCAUCUUCCAGCUACAGCAUAAGAGAAUAGAGUCCUAGAAGGGAAAUCACUUUAUUCUGAUUUGUUCUUCACCGAUGAAUUCAGGCUGCUUUGUCUUUGGAUGUCAGAUAGUCAAUGUGUGGUAGCAAAGUGAUCUGGUAUUACAGAGGCAGACUUAAGAUCAAUGCUGAACUUUCUCUUCAUCAAGACUGUGGCAUAUUAUUAUACAGGGUUAUUGUUGUUUUGCUAAAUCAAGAGAAAUUAAACCCAUAUCCUCCUGGC